UGACACGAGGCUUUGGUGUUUAAUUGCGGGAACAUUUCAGUGCGUUUUAUAUUUUUAAAAUGCAUUUUGCCGCCGCCUUGGUAGUUCUUUGGGUCUCAGCGUCUCCGGUGCUGCUGGAAGGAACCACAACCUGCCAGAUUGGAAAUCAAAAAGAUCAUGUUAAUGAACAAUGCCCAGUGGAAAUAACAUCAUCUGUGGUGGCCGGGAAUACUUACACUGAAUGUGUCACUGUUCGCGUCUGGAUGAAAGAUAAGGACUUAUGCAAGAGCCUGAAACUUAAAAUUACCAGUCCAAUUGAAAAGCUUAAGUCUAGCCCGAAAAAAUGCCGAAAGAAAAUACAGUGCGAGAAUAAAAGACAUCGGGGUGAAAAGGUCAGCUGUGACAGUUGUAACCACAUACAAGUACCCGAGAGAAAUACCAGUCUUCUCCUGUGGGAGCUGGUACAUGACUGCGUCCAGGCUAAAAGUGGAGAUACUGUUUCUGUGUUCUACGGGACCAAAUCAACAAACUGCAGUGUCACUUACAGAGUCGAAGGGAAACCAGACUUUGACCUGUCUGUGAACUCUUCAAGUAAAUCUAUCAAUGUUGCCAUGAAGAAAAAAUCAAUCAGUGUCACCUCGAAGAUGGAGAACACAGUCAAUGUCAGACACUGUUACCAGAAUGAAUAUCAGUGCACGGACAACAGCAAGUGGCCUCCACUGACUAUUGAUGUGUCUCAGUCAGCUACUCUCAGCAUCCCUUACCUGUUGCCCUGCGUGUGCAUAGAGGCAUAUUACACCCACCUCUUUGAUGCAGAACGCCGUAAAAAGUGCCCACUUCAAAACACAGGCGUCAUGGAUGCCAGAGAUGUGUUUUCCUCCUCUGAAAUCAUAUUAUACAGGGAGAAGUUUGUGUUGAGCACAUUGUGUCCAGCCAGCCAGCUGAACAUCUCUGUCUCCCUCUGCUGGAUGCAGCGCGGACACCUCUGCACGCCUGUGCUCAACUCUUCCCUGGAGAAGAAAAAUGGCGUGCAGGAAUAUGACAUAUCUACAGUGGACAAACACCCACAGAUGUGUGUGCAGCUUUCUGUACGAGGCACACAUAACAUCUCUUGCCCCUUCAAAUCAGAUGAAUCUUCUUGGGAGGUCUAUAUUGGACCUGAAGGGCAGAACAUAAUAGUGUAUCUCGACUCUUCUUCUCCAGCAACGUUCUCAACUCAACUCUGUGUCCUUACUGAGAGUGGAUGUACAGCCAUAGGAAAAGCACACUCACUAACAAUGGCAGGAAAUACCAGUGAAAAAAGAAUAAAAGUGCCUCUGGACAUUCCUGCUGAAAAGCCGUGUGUCCAGGUGUGGCAGUCAGUUCCUGCUCGUCAUGGAAAAAGAAUUCUGUGCCCAAACUACACCCACAACAGAAGCGGCAUGUAUGCAGUGGCAGCUCUGAUAUUUGUGUUUGUUGUUGGAUCACUUGGAAUUUUCAUCCACCGUGCAACAAAGAGGGGAGCUGCAGGCUGGCUGUAUAUCCAGAGGCCAUUGCUGCUGGUGUGUUCAUCAGAUCAGUCAGACCACAUCUCUGCUGUGUGUGCACUAGCCUCAAUCCUUCAGGAGGAGCUAGGUGCCGCAGUGCGCACAGCUCUGUGGGCUCAAAGCUCACAAAGCCAGGAUGGGUCUGGGCCUGGUGUGGCAGAUCUGGGUCCACUUCCUUGGCUUUAUGGACAGUGGGAUGCCGUCUGCAAGGAGCAAGGAAAAGUGCUUGUAAUUUGGAGUCCUGAAGCCAAGAAAAUCUAUGAGAAGAGGAGAGAGGCGAGGGCAAGUACAGAUAAGAGUGAAAGAAAAGAGGAAGAUGACAGGAACGCAGAUGUGAAACAUGAGAAACCCAAAGCAGAGCUGGAAGAGGAUUUGAAGCAGAAUGGAAGAAGACUGGAAAAAUCCAAAAAGGAAAAAGAUGCAGGAAAAAAAGAUUGUGUUAAAUUAUGUAAUGAUAAAAACUGGUACCAACAAAAGGAGGCCUCUACAGUGAUAGAACCAAUGUUCACAGCUGUGCUGACUCGCUUAGAAAGGGCACUGGAGGAGUGCAAAAAUCAAGGAGUUGUGCUUGUCUAUUUCCAGGGCCUUGGCCACAGCAGGGAUAUCCCAAAAGCCUUCAGCGAGGUCCGUCAAUACUGCUUGCCGCAGGAUUUCAGGGGUUUAAUAGGGGAGCUGGGAGAGAUGAGAAGAGGGACAGAAACUGAUCAUUUUAGGUGGGACUGCUGGUCCAGAGUCCUUUCUAAAGUGCUGGCAAUAUGGCUGGCACAGAAACUAACACACAGGCUGCAGAGGCUGGUGCCCCAGACACAAGAAAACAAAGUGCAAUCAAAAACGUCAUCAGUGAAAAUGACAUCAGAUAGACCUGAGAGCAGGCUGAAGUGGCCUUUAGCUGCCAGAUCUGGAACUGUGCAGGAGCACGAACUUCUCCAUGAGUCACCAUGGAAAGCAGAGAAGUUUUAAUCUCAAGUUUCAACGUGACAGAUGUGUGUUUUGCUGGAAACACGAUCUGCGAGACAUCGGAGCUGGUGUUCCAUUACGAGCUCUUGAUACCGCUCACUCUGUACUAACUGAUCUCUGCCGUGUCCAAUAUGUCACCAAACAUUUCGCGUGUUAAGAAGAGGAAGAGGUAAACACUCUGUCCUUUGCACAGAUGGCAUUAAGCCGCUGACAAAACGGUCUUUAUAUUACUUUCGUGACUGAAGCCCUUGCAAACACCUGCCUUAUCUCUGAAUAUGCUAACCACUAUGAAAAUCUUGUUGCAAAUUAUACCUCACUUUCUUCAUGAACACAUUUGAUGUUUCAAUGUUUGUGACUGCACAGGUGACAAACUGGAUGACUGCUGUUGGCAGAAACCCUCAAAUUUGCAUAGGAUUUUCUACACUCAGAUAUUAAGUCAAAACUUUCACUAGAUUUCCAGUUUUCCUGAAAAUAUAAAGUGUGCUUCACUAGUUGGAAGGAAGCUGCCAUCAUGUGUUUACCCCUUUGGUUCUCCUAGUGUUGCCUUUAGUGAUCUUAAUAGCUAUCAGUAUUAAUAAUGCUAGUUAUGACUGGGGCUGUUUGUCUACAACAUAUGUGUUAAUAUUUGCAUUCAAUAUUUUGUUUCUUUUUUUGUUUGUUGGGGUGUUUUUUUUUUUCUUCACUGUUUUUCACUAUGCUUGUUAUUUAAUGAAUGAAAUGAAAAAAUAAGUGUGAAUUGUAAAACUUUGCUGUGGGACUCAAUGAGACAGAAAAAAGAUAAAGCCAGUAUUAUUCAAAUAAUCCAAAGUUAAACAUGCAAUACAGUGGUUACCUCAAGUUCUCAGAGCAUUAGAACAAGAAACCCAUGUCUGGGGGUACUUUCCCAUGUUUUAUAUUUAUUACUGGAGUUCCAUAAACUUCAACGAUGAACAUUAUGCAAAGUGACUACAAACAGAAAAGUCAGAUCUAGCCUGGAUCUACAACCAAAAGUGAUUGGCCCUUUGAAUAAAUAUUUUUUUAGUUUCA